AUGACGGCCACUGUAUCGCAGACUCUCCCGGUUGAACCUGGCGCUCUCCUCUGCCUCGCUCUUGCUCUCGCAUUGGGAGCAUUUUCGACCUCCGAAAGGCUGCGAUCAUGGACCUAUAACGGCUGGUAUGAGUUGAUACACGUGGGCGCCUUUGGUGGACGGAGCAAGAAAUCAUCCAUUCGAGAUCUGCCACAGCUUGACAGAGACUUGGGACCAGAGUCCACUCGCAAUGCAUUAUCCCGAGCAUGGGCUGCACGAGACAAGCUCGAGACGGGCUCCACCUUGCGCGUGGUCUUGACGAAGUGCUUGCGAAAGCAAUUCCUCGCUCCCAUCACACCAAGACUUUUCCUGAUUGCAUUUCGAUACUGCCAACCGCUUCUUAUACAGUACUCAAUCCGCUAUGCGGCGAACUAUGUAAAUUCCUCCGGACGGACUGAAGCCACUUGGCUGGUCUUCUUUGCAGUGGUCAUUUAUUCGAGCCUCGCACUUUCGAAAGCCAUGUAUAGUCAUCGACAGAACAAAUUGAAGCUGAUAAUCAACAGUGCUCUCGUCGGACUGAUCCAUGAGAAAGUGCUCCACUCUGCCAGCACUAGCUUCGACGGUGGAGAUGUCACUACGCUGAUCAGUAACGAUGUGGAGAGCCUCACUUCUGUCGGAGAGAUGUUCCACGAAACCUGGGCUCAAGUUGUCGAAGUCUUGAUUGGGUUCGGACUUUUGGCUAGGCAGGUGGGCUGGAUCUGGCCUCUGUCUCUGGUCCUCAUCUACCUAUGUUCGCAUGUCAGUCGAUACGUCGCCAGUCAUUUGAAGCCCUACCAGCGAGCUUGGAACGAAGCAACCCAACGCCGUUUAGGAGCUACAGCUUCCAUGUUGAGCUCCAUGAAAAUUGUCAAGAUGCUCGGAUUUCAGUCGAGCCUUGUUAAGCGCAUCGCGGAAUUGCGGUCUGCCGAGCUUGAAGCAGCGUCGAAACUUCGUUGGGUCAUGGUUCUUUACAAUGCCUCUGCGAACGCUCUCGGCAUCUUUUCACCGGCCAUCACCCUCGUCCUUUAUGCGAUCAUGACAAAACUCCGCGGUGAGAGUCUCGAUACUGCAGCCGCGUUUUCCACCACCGCCAUUUUGAGCAUGGUGACACAUCCCGCGAACAUGGUCAUGACCAUUAUACCCCGUGCAGUGGCUACGCUUGCGGGAUUUGACCGGAUCCAAGAGUUCCUUCUCAGGCCGGUCCUCGAAGAACAUCGAGAAGAGGUCGUUGGACAUUGCUAUUCGGAUGCAGCAAUUAGACUUGAUGAAGUGGCGAUUGGCCGCAGUCCGACAAUCCUAAACAACUUGAAUAUCGAAGUCAAGGCCGGGGCGUUGACGGUCCUCUCAGGCCCUACAAGCUGUGGUAAGACGUCUUUGCUGAGAACCAUCCUUGGCGAAACGGAACCAUCUGAAGGCAGAAUCGAGAUGUCCGUUAGCUCGGUGGGGUUUUGCGCUCAGCAGCCGUGGUUGCCAAACGGUAUGAUUCGAGAAGCGAUUCACGGAUCGAGCGAGGAUGUCCCGUCGGAGUCAGAUAAGUGGUACGACUGUGUCAUUGCGGCAUGCUGUCUGACGCACGACUUCGAAGCCCUUCCGGAGGGAGAUGAAACUGCGAUUGGUAGUCGCGGGAUGAAUCUGUCUGGUGGGCAGAGGCAGCGGGUGGCACUGGCACGAGCAUUAUUCGCAAGACCAACAAUGCUUCUCCUCGACGACUGCUUCAGCGGACUGGAUGGCGAGACGGAGAAAGCUGUCUUUCAAAAUCUGUUUGGACCGGGGGGACUUGUCCGUGAGAUCAAGGCUACGGUAUUUCUGGUGUCCAAUUCCUAUCAAUACUUCGACCUCGCAGAUCACGUUGUAGUGCUCGGCAAUGGUACUAUCGUCGACCAAGGACUUUGCAGCAGUAUCGGCAAAGAUGCAGCAGCGGUUGCAAAGUUCUCCGCAGCUCCAGACAGAACCAGGAGUCCAGGUUCCGAAGAGAAAGCACCGGCGAUAACAAGUGCCAAGUUCAAUUUCGCAACUGGAGCUCCGAGUGGCCUCCAGCAAGACUUCUCACAGCAUACUGGUGAUGCGGCGCUCUAUGCAUACUACUUUCGCGCUUUGAACCUCGCAGAUCUAUUCUUCUUCAUCCUCAGCACCGCCUUGUAUGCUUUCUUCAUCACGGUCCCGCAGUACUGGCUUCAGCAGUGGACUGGAUCCGAUGGCACGCAGACAUUCUUUUAUGUCGCUGGGUACAUCAUGAUCUCGACACUUUCUUGGAGCUCAACGAGUGUUCAGAUGUGGUCGGUGCUUAUUCGUGUGGCUCCUCGGUCUGGAUUGCGACUUCAUCGGCGGCUGUUGAGGAUCGUUUCGAGUGCACCACUGUGGUACUUCUCCGAAACCGACAGCGGAUCGAUCAUGAAUAGAUUCAGUCAAGACGUUCAGAUUAUCGACAAGCAGGUUCCUGCUGCGCUUCAGACUGUGAUCACAGAGCUUUUCAAGCUCGUUAUGCAGACAGUAUUGCUAAGCACAACCGGGACCUGGCUCACGUUCUCCCUACUUGCAUGCAUGCCGGUUGUAUACUACAUCCAGAGAGCUUACCUCCAGACAUCUCGCCAGCUGCGAGCUCUGGAACUGGAAGCUAAAGCUGCAGUCACUUCGAACUUCUCGGAGACCGUCGAAGGCAUCGAAACGAUCCGCGCCUUCGACUGGACCAACGCAGCACGGCGGGCCAACAUAAAAGCAAUCGAUACCGCUCAGCGGCCUGAACUAGCCCUCCUCGACCUCCAGCGCUGGCUCAACCUAAUCCUCGACUUACUCUCUGGCUCCAUCGCAAUCGGCGUGGUUUCCAUGGCCGUCUCGCUUCGGGAAACUGUCAGCGGAGCACAAAUCGGUAUUGCUCUGAAUAGUAUGCUAGUUGUGAGUUCGACGCUGCUGAAGUUGGUGGAGAGUUGGACGACGCUUGAGACUUCGAUGGGUGCCGUUGGUCGGUUGAUGGAGCUUGAGGAGACGGUGCCGGCUGAAGAGGGCGAAGGUCAGGAUGUGCAAGUCAUGAAGGCAUGGUCUGUUGAGGGUCGGAUUGAGUUUAGACAUGUGACGGUGGCGUAUUCGUCGGACAUGGUUGCCCUGCGGAAAGUCAACUUGACCAUCGAGGCUCGACAGAAGGUCAUUGUCUGCGGUCGCACUGGGAGCGGAAAGAGCACCACCCUCCUAGCACUCCUACGCCUACUACCUCUGCAAUCCGGCAAGCUCCUAAUCGACGGUGUCGACAUCACAACCGUCAGCCUCGACCACCUCCGCCAACGAGCAUUCAUCACCGUCUCUCAAGAUCCACUCAUCUUUGUGGACGAGGCAACACGCUUCAACCUCGACCCAGACGACCUCUCCUCCGACUCAACCAUCAUCGAAGCACUGUCCAAAACCGGUUUACUCUCACACUUCCGCUCCGCCGAUGAUGCACCAACCUCAUCCUUCCUCCACAAACCCCUCUCCGCCUUCCCUACCCUCUCAACCGGUCAACGCCAACUCUUCGCCCUCACCCGCGCUCUCAUCAAAGCCAAAACCCUUCGAACACAAACUGGAUCGAGGCCGAUCGUGCUGCUAGAUGAGAUUACGGCUUCUCUAGACACUGCUACGGAGCAGACGAUAUACCGGCUUAUUGAGGAGGAGUUUUCUGGGAAGCGACAUACGGUUGUGAUGAUUACGCAUCGAGUUGUGGGGUUGGAGAAGUGGAUGGUGGAGGGGAGGGGUUGUGUUGUUGUUUUGGGGGAUGGGACGGUUGAGCGGAUUAGGAAGGCGGUGGGGAUGGGGCAGGAGAUGUGA